CCUUCUGUAGUUCUAACCAUUGCUUGCGUGACAAAAAGAGGGUUGGCCCUCUAUUGUUGCCUAGUCAUGUUCUUUAAUUUCAACAUAUCAUUCUUUCAAUUUCAGAUCUAAAACCUCAAAAUCCAACAUUCCAUGUUUUUGGUAGUCUAAGUUAUGUCAUAACUUAGUCCAACCAAACACAAAAAUAAACAACCUUGUUCAUACACAAAGGUUUGCAACCUCAUACAACAAAAAAACAAGUCUUUCUUCAAAUUAAAAAGAUGAUGUUCCAAGAAAAUGGUAAUGGGGAAAUGGGUUUAUCUGGAAUUCCCUUAGGAACAAAGAACAAGUACAAGAGGAUGAAUUCACACCUUGUUGAUGAUAAUGAUGAUGUUUUGCACCAACAACAAUUGGAAGAUAAGAGGAACAGUACUAGGAAAUAUGUUAUUGCUUGUGCUAUAUUUGCUUCUCUCAACAAUGUUCUUCUUGGCUAUGAUGUGGGUGUGAUGAGUGGUGCAGUUAUAUUUAUCAAAGAAGAUCUAAAGAUAACUGAGGUUCAGGUAGAAUUUUUGAUUGGUAUUUUGAGUAUUGUAUCUCUAUUGGGUAGUUUGGGUGGUGGAAGAACAUCAGAUAUUAUUGGUAGAAAAUGGACAAUGGCAUUGGCUGCAGUUGUAUUCCAAAUGGGUGGAAUUACAAUGACUCUUGCCCCUUCAUAUCAAGUACUAAUGAUUGGAAGAUUGUUAGCUGGAAUUGGAAUAGGUUUUGGAGUUAUGAUUUCACCUAUAUAUAUUGCUGAGAUAUCACCAAAUCUCACUAGAGGCUCACUUACUACUUUUCCAGAGAUUUUUAUAAAUGUAGGAAUUAUGCUUGGUUAUGUAUCCAAUUACGCGUUUUCCGGCCUUUCGGUACACAUAAGUUGGAGAGUAAUGCUUGCUGUUGGAAUCUUGCCUUCAGUGUUCAUUGGUUUUGCUCUUUUCAUUAUUCCUGAGUCACCGAGAUGGUUGGUGAUGCAGAACCGAAUUGAAGAAGCAAGAUCGGUGCUGUUGAAAACAAACGAAGACGAGAAAGAAGUGGAAGAGAGGCUAGCAGAAAUACAACAGGCUGCUGGUUUUGCCAAUUCUGGUAAAUACGAGGACAAACCCGUGUGGCGUGAAUUGCUCUCUCCGCCACCGGCGCUUCGCCGGAUGCUGAUUACUGGUCUUGGAAUUCAGUGUUUUCAACAGAUCUCUGGAAUUGAUGCAACUGUGUAUUACAGUCCAGAAAUUUUAAUGGCAGCUGGAAUUGAAGAUAAAUCAAAACUUCUAGCUGCUACUGUUGCCGUAGGUAUAACAAAGACCGUCUUUAUUUUGGUGGCCAUUGUCCUUAUCGAUAAAGUAGGUAGAAAACCCCUUCUCAUUACUAGCACAAUUGGGAUGACUGCUUGUUUGUUCUGUAUGGGGGUUACUCUUUCAUUAUUUGAAAAAGGGCCCUUAGUGAUAGCAUUAGGUAUUCUUUUUGUCUGUGGAAAUGUAGCAUUUUUUUCGGUUGGACUCGGCCCUGUGUGCUGGGUUUUGACAUCUGAAAUCUUCCCUUUACGAGUGCGUGCUCAGGCAUCUGCACUCGGAGCUGUAGCGAAUAGGGUUUGCAGCGGCCUUGUAGCCAUGUCUUUCCUGUCUGUAUCCGACGCAAUUUCUUUCGGCGGGACAUUCUUUCUGUUUUCUGCUAUUUCUGCUCUUGCCAUUGUCUUUGUUUUCACACUAGUACCUGAAACAAAAGGGAAGUCAUUGGAACAGAUUGAGAUGAUGUUUGAGAAUGAACAUGGGAGUCAGGGAAAAGAGAUGGAGCUAGGUGAUGUUGAACAACUUGUGCAGAACAAAACUGGUUUAACAAAUUAGUUAAAUAGACCACACCUUUAUACGACCCUGAUGGAUUUUGUCAUUCCAGAGCUACAUAUAUUUCAAUUUCUCUUGUUUUGUCCGCGGCUUUAAUCACUCACAUGGAUAUGAUCUUCGGCGACACGAGAAUUUGAUAUCUGAUAAGGGACAUGAGAAAAAACGAAGGCAAAUUGCAUUCUUAAUGUAUACUCAAACUUUUACCAGCUGUACAAUUAUUCUGUUUCUUUUAAUUUCAUGUAACUCAAUAAUAGGAUUGUAUAUGAACGGAGAUUUUUGGUGGAGAUGAUCCUGUCUCCACAUGGUCCUUUGAGAUAUUUGGAAACAACUUAUAGUACCAUCAUUAGCCAUUACAGUGUACUCCAUGAGGGAUGUAAUUCAUAUGAAAAUUCUUUUAAUAGAUUAUAUAUAUUCUUUUUAAUUUUAGCA